AUGAGAUAUGAUAAAAUCGUCAAGGGCGCUACUAAAAUCAAACUUGCCGCGCCAAAAGCAAAAUAUGUUGAACCCAUCCUUGAAGCAACUGGCAACAGAGAUGACCUUAACUCUGUCCUAUCUCUACUAGGCCAGCGCAUGGCUGAUACUGCAUGGACAGUCUCUUACAAGGCUCUCGUUGUUGUUCACAUUAUGAUUCGUGAAGGUGCCCGUGACGCGACCUUGGCUGCUCUCACCCAACAAGUCCACAUUUUUGACCGCGUUUCCGGCGGUGGCCACUCUUACAAUAUCAACCGCUACGCUCGCUAUCUCAGAGAACGCGUCAUCCAGUACUCAAACACUCAUGUCGAUUACGUCCGCUCAAGAUCUCGCUCUUCCGAUAGAGAGCGCUCCGGCAGCCGCGACCGCUCAAGCUCUUCUUCCGGUGGCCGCCUUCGCUCUCUUACUGUCGAAAAGGGCCUCUUGCGUGAGUGCGAUAGUGUCUUAGACCAAAUCAGUGCCCUCCUUAAGUGCCGUUUCCACGAAAAUGAUGUCGACAAUGAUAUCGUUCUCACUGCUUUCCGUUUCCUUGUCCGUGAUCUUCUCUCUCUUUACCAGGUUCUCAACGAGGGUGUCAUUAAUGUCCUCGAACACUACUUUGAAAUGUCUAAAGUUGACGCCACCCAUGGAUUGGACAUUUACAAGCGUUUCACAAAGCAAACUAACGAUGUAGUCAACUUUUUGCGCGUCGCUAAAUUGCUCGAGUACCAAACAAAACUCCAUGUCCCUAAUAUCAAGCAUGCUCCAGUCUCUCUCACACAAUCCCUUGAAGAUUAUCUCAAUGAUUCUAACUUUGAAACAAACCACCGUCAGUACAUGGCUGAGAAACAGGCCCGCGAAGCCUCCGGCUUUGGCAAAAACCAGCCCUCUCCUCAGUCUAGAGGUUCCUCUUCUUCUGGUGCAAAGUCAACUUCAGGGGCAGUCAGCAGAAGACCAAGUACCGUUGUGCGCAGCCAAAGCUUGCGUGAAACCCCUACAUCUAACGGUUCAUCUACUACAUCUGGUGCUUUAGACUCAACCAACCCCUUUAGAGCAAUGCUGCAGCAGCAGCAAACUGCAAAUAUCUCUGGGCCACCAACCCAAUCUCAAGACCCUAAUGUGGUGGCUGUUUUUCAAGGAAACAUUCAAGUCCCAGACAAUCAAAUUCCUUCUCGCAUUGUUAUUCAGCCAACCAUUGUUCCUAUCCAAAAUCAUAACCCUUUUGGUGCAGUGACCCAGCAAAACCAAAUAUUACAGGCCCAGGCCCAGGCCCAGGCCCAGGCUCAAGCUCAAGCUCAAGCUCAAGCUCAAGCUCAAGCUCAGGCUCAGGCUCAGGCCCAGGCUCAAGCUCAGGCUCAAGCUCAGGCUCAAGCUCAGGCUCAAGCUCAGGCUCAGGCUCAGGCUCAAGCUCAGGCUCAGGCUCAAGCUCAGGCUCAGGCCCAGGCUCAAGCCCAGGCACAGGCCCAGGCUCAAGCACAGGCUCAAGCUCAGGCUCAGGCUCAGGCUCAGGCUCAGGCUCAGGCUCAGGCUCAGGCUCAGGCUCAGGCUCAGGCUCAGGCUCAGGCUCAGGCUCAGGCUCAGGCUCAGGCUCAGGCUCAGGCUCAGGCUCAGGCUCAGGCUCAGGCUCAGGCUCAGGCUCAAGCUCAAGCUCAGGCUCAGAUUCAACAACUUCAAGCCCAACACACUGCUCAACAACAAGCUUUGACUUCUUCCUACACAGGUGCUGGUUUUGGCGGCUACACCCCUAAUGCUCCUGCCGCUAUUCUUCCUCAACAGACCCAGAGCCAACCUGGAUUUGGUACUCCUAGCUCCAUCAUUAGCAACUUUAGCAACCUCAGCAACACAUCCACCCCCUUGAGCAUGCAGAGCACAACCUCUAGCGGCCUUUCCUCGGUUACAACGGGCUCCAACCCUUUCCGAAGUGCUGCUGUCCCUAUUCAAAGCACAGGGAACCCCUUUUUAAAACGCAACAACACUGUGGCUACCCCCAUGACCACCUCAGGACCUCUUGGUGGCAAUGCUGGAUCCAUUCCGGCCAUGCCUGGAGCUGCCACUGGCGUGCAUCGCUCGGCCACAAAUCCCUUUUCUUCCGGACUUUCUGGAUCUAACUCAUCUUUGGGUGGGUUCCAACAGCAUCAGCAUCAGCAGCCGUUGCAACCCCAACUUACUUCACAAACUACUGGUGUGAACCCGUUCCGUGCAAAUACAGCCAUGCUGACUGGAGCGGCAACUGGUUCCGGAUACAAGCCGACAAUUGGGGGAUUAGAACAGUUGCAGACGAUUUCUGUGUUUCCACAAACGCAGCAGGCCCAAGCACAACAGUCACAGCAACAAAUGUAUAUGAACCAGCAGCGGGCGUUUCUGCAACAACAGGCAACUGCAAUGCAACAACCCCAACAGCAACCAACCCUGAUUUAG